GCCGGCGUGGGUAGCGAGGCCGGCUGUGCAUGACAUGAUCUUGUGUGUGCGUGCGACCUGAUGGCCGACCGACUUGCUGGUGGGAAGGGAACUGUCAAUACGGGUCGGAACGUGUGAAGAAGAUCCAUCCAAUCCAGUCCAUGCAUCCCCAGGAGACAAAUCCCAUGCUCAAGCUUAGUUCCAUGGAGGCACAGAUCCAUCUACAGGACAGCCUGACCACUCACACAACAGCAACUGGCCCAGCUAAGGGAACCAACUCCCCUCGGCACUCAUUCACUCGACAGGUUUUGGUUUGGGCAGUCCCACCUUCCACCCGAGCAUCUUCUUGCGUCCACCGACCGGUAUCGGCACCUCCUGCUUGGGCGGCAUCUCCGAGGGGUAGCCCUUCCCGUUGCGCUGCUCAGCCAGCUCAUGCGACACCAUCUCCACCUGCUGAACCAACCGGUGCCAUUUCUCUGGCAUCCCUACAGCCGUACACACACACACACACACACACACACAACACACCGCACUUGUCUGCCUGACCAGCUCCCUGCCUCUCUGUCGGCCUGUCUGUCUGUCUGGCUGGCUGACCGUCUUUGAGUUCGUCCAGCAGCGUCUGGACUUUGUCGUAGUCCCUGGCCUGCAGGGCCUGCUUAGCGUCCCGCACGCCGCGGGUCAUGAAGCUGCGCAGCUUCUCGGUCAGCUCGUGCGUCUGCUCGAGCAGACCCGACACAUAAAUGACGUUAGGCAGAGGAGGCAGCGAACCUUUGGGAACCUGCAAUCAUCACAACCACACGGCAAUCUUGUGUCAGUGAAUUCGUACGCGGCCUCAUCUCACCUUGUUCAUCUGUGGACGUCAGCGGCCUCACAGAAGAUAAUGGACACCGAGACUACGUCCUGCGCACACUGCAAAGCGAUGGCAGCAGAAAGGUGGGGAUGAAAGAUGAGUCGGGAUCACUGGAUCUCUUUCUCAUUUCCGCUUUUACUUGUAGCGUGGCGUCAGACAAGCCACCUGUUAUGGCCUUCGAGGCCAAAGGGCGUUGGAG